CACCAGUGAUUAGCUGAGAUUAGUGUCUCUGUAAUCGGGGUUUAUAAUAAGCACGUACGAAAACAGCCUGGCCACAGGGUGUUGGGGGGCUGUAAAAGGAGAGUGUCAGAGCAGUGCAAAGGGAAGGGGCAGUACAGAGAUUUUAAGUUGAUGUUGGGAUGUGGAAACUAUAGGCACAGUUUGUGUCUUAACGAUUGUGUCAUGGCUGAGGUACCUUUUUCAGGUCUUAGAGUGUCUGCUUGUCCCCCGGGUGACCUUGGACAAGUCUUUUUUGUUCUGCCCAAGUUUCACUUUUAACUUUUAAGUGGGGGAGAUCAGCUUAUCAGCUCCUUUGUGUCCAGUGCUGGAAGUCCAGUAUCAGCAGGAAUUGUUCAGAGAGGAAUGGUUGUGUGUCCAGUGGCAGGAGGAGGAUAGGGAAAAUCAGUGGGAGGGGAUUUCUGAUUGAUCUUAUUUAGGUGGUGCAAGAGAGAGAAGGCCUCACUAGAGUGACACCAGGGAUAAUUAUCAUGACAGCUUUGAGGGUCAGUUAGCUCAUAAAAAACCAACCAUGGUCUUUUACAAUGUACUGUAAAGCCAUGAGUAUUUCACUUUAACACAGAGCCUAGAAAAUGAAGCUAAAAGAAAUCGAGCGAACAGCUGUGCAGGCGUGGAGUCCAGCAAACAACCACCCCAUUUAUCUAGCAACAGGAACAUCUGCCCAGCAACUGGAUGCAUCCUUCAGUACAAAUGCCACCUUGGAAGUAUUUGAGGUUGACUUCAGGGAUCCCUCCCUGGAUAUGAAGCAGAAAGGAACACUUCCUGCCUCAAACAGGUUUCAUAAGCUGAUCUGGGGGAACUUUGGAAACGGAUCUCCAGAGUCCUCUGGAGUGGUCAUUGGUGGAGGGGACAAUGGUGUACUGACAAUGUACAGUGUGCACCGCAUCUUGACUUCGAAGAGUGAGCCUGUGAUUGGGCAGACAGAGAAGCAUUCAGGUCCUGUUCGAGCUCUUGACUUCAACCCUUUUCAGAGUAAUCUCUUGGCUUCUGGAGCCAAUGAUUCUGAAAUUUUCAUCUGGGACUUGAAUAAUUUCAGUGUGCCUAUGACUCCAGGGACUAAAUCACAGCCUCACGAAGACAUCAGUGUGGUGUCCUGGAAUCGUCAGGUGCAGCAUAUCCUAUCCUCUGCUCACCCCAGCGGCAAGGCUGUGGUUUGGGACCUCAGGAAGAAUGAGCCUAUCAUCAAAGUCAGUGACCACAGCAACAGAAUGCAUUGCUCAGGAAUGGCCUGGCAUCCAGAAGUUGCAACCCAGCUAGUCCUUUCCUCUGAGGACGACCGCUUGCCAGUGAUCCAAAUAUGGGACUUGCGUUUUGCUACCUCUCCUCUGAGCCAGCUGGAAGGGCACACGAGGGGAGUUCUGUCUGUCUCUUGGUGCCAGGCUGACCCUGAACUGCUGCUGAGUAGUGCCAAAGACAACCGGAUCUUGUGCUGGAACCCAAGUGUGGGAGAGGUGGUUUAUGAGUUACCCAUUCGGAGUCAGUGGUGCUUUGACGUCCAGUGGUGUCCUAGGAAUCCUUCAGUCUUCUCUGCUGCCACUUUUGAUGGGUGGAUCAACAUUUAUUCUGUUAUGGGUGGGAACUUGGAAGCUCAGCAGAAGACGCAGGCUGACAAGAUCUCUUCCUCCUUCAACAACCUGGAUCCCUUUGGCACAGGACAGAGCCUUCCUCCUCUGCAAGUGCCAGAGCAAGUAACUCAGACCACCUUGAUUCCACCAUUAAAAAAGCCACCCAAGUGGAUUCGCAGACCUGUGGGGGUUUCAUUUGCAUUUGGAGGAAAACUGAUUACCUUUGGUCUUACCAAAGCUCCUGGACAGCAAAUGCAGCAGACUUACCCACAUCAGGUAUUCAUCAGUCAAGUCACUACUGAAACUGAAUUCCUACUCCGAUCCAAAGAACUGCAGAUGGCCUUGCAGUCAGGGAACCUCCUCGAUUACUGCCAGGGCAAGAUCCAGACAGCCAAGCUGCCAUUUGAUGAGAACCUUUGGAACUUCUUGAAGGUGAAUUUGGAGCAGGAUUCCAGGACUAAACUCCUAAAGCUGCUGGGCUACAGUAAAGAGGAUCUGCAAAAAAAGAUUGCCUCAUGUUUGAGUAAUGGGAUCCCAGAUAAACAGCCCCUUCCUGAGGCAGAUGAUAGAAACGCUGCACAACCAGAUCAGCUAUUGAUGAAUUCCAGCAAUGAUGUAGCUGCUGUUUCCUCCUCUUCAGCCUUUUUUGAUAACCUUAUCCCACAGAAUAUGAGCACAUUGGAGAUUCCUGUCACGGAAGAUACAGAUGGACUCAUCAGCCAAGCCCUUUUGUUGGGGAAUUUUGAGGGUGCAGUGGAGCUGUGCAUGCGAGCAGAGCGCUUUGCUGAUGCCAUCAUCUUAGCUAUAGCUGGUGGGGAGAACCUCCUGAAGGAGACCCAGAGGCGCUACUUUGCUAAGCAGAAAACAAAUCUCUCCCUGCUGCUUUCCUCCAUUGUGCAGCAGAACUGGCAAGAUAUUGUUUGCACAUGUGAUCUACAGAGCUGGAAGGAGGCACUGGCCAUCUUGUUAACAUACUCAAAGCAUGAGGACUAUACCCAGCUCUGUGACAUGCUGGGUGCCCGCCUAGAGUUGGAGGGAGAUGGAACCUUGUCCAAUGAUGCCUGCCUCUGCUAUAUCUCGUCAGGCAAUGUGGAGAGGUUGGUGGAAUGCUGGGUAAAAAACCAUGAGACUUCAUCACCACUUGCCCUCCAGGAUCUCAUAGAGAAGGUGAUGGUGCUGAGCAGGUCCAUUGAGAUGCUCCGAGGCACAGCAGGACCAGCACCAGGCCCUGUCUUGGCAGAACGAAUCACCCAAUAUGCCAAUCUCCUGGCAUCACAAGGAUGCUUGGCAGCUGCAAUGAAUUACCUACCCAGCACUUCUAAAGAGCUCCUGAUUGAACAGCUCCGGGACCGGCUUUUUCAUGCUCAAGGGGAGAAUGUGGGCGAUCAGCAGCCACCCCCUUUUCCCUACACUCGUGUCAAUGUAGGGGUCAUUAAACACUCAUCUCCAGCAGCCAAGGGUGGUUCUGCCCUUGAAGGAGCAGCCCACAAAACAGGUUCCAGACAUCCAGAGAAGCCCAACUAUCAGUCAUCAUUUGCCCCUUCAGCACCAUCUCAGCCUUCAGUGCCUUCCCUCUUCACGCCUCAGCCGGUGCCAGCCAUGUCUGUGACACCUCACCACAUUGCCACUCCCCAGGCCACCACGGGUCCACAAACAAGUGUUUAUUCCAGAGGGCACCCAUACCCACAAUACAACUUGGGCUUGAAUCCAGCAACUGUCUCAGGGCCAGCUGUGUCACAGUCUCAGCCAUUUGGACCAGUGGGAGUCAGACCUGCUGGUCCUGCUCCCUUCCCCAGCCAGUCUCCUCUGCCAGGACAGUCCAUGCCCAUGACAUCUCCUGGUGUUCCACCACCCAGGCCUGCCCUCUUCACUCCAGCCUCAAUCCCAUCAUCUCAGCUUCCUGCAGCUUGUCCUCUCCCUGUGGCAAGUCAAUCUCCUCUAGAUUUCUCUUCAGCACCUUUCAACAGCCCCCUGAACAUGGGUUACCCUCAGGGAGGUCCUGGAGCUCCAUCUACUAAACCCCUGCCGGCAGCCAUUCCUCCUCCUCCCACAGGUUUCUUCCCUUGGCUAGAUCCCCACAUGGAUCAUGCAGCUCAGGAAUCUUGGAGUGAUCCCUCUACUGGAAGAGGAGGCCUUCAAAAGAAAAAGUUGCCUGAGAAAUUUACUCCUCCAGCCCCCAUCACAGCUCCAGUAAUGGGCCUGCCUACUGAGGCCCAGGCGAUCCAUCCUCAGCUAUCCAGGUUGCAGGAAUCUGGCCAGUCACCCCCAGGAGCACCCAGGGAAGGCAGCCUGCAGUAUCACCAGCUACCCGUGGAGAGUGUUGAGAAGAAGGAGCUGCCCCCUGAGCACCAAGCAUUAAAGGCCACAUUUGAAGGGUUGGUGCAACGCUGCUCUGCUGUCGCCACUGAUCCAAAAACCCGAAGGAAGCUGGAGGAUGCACUGCAGCGGCUGGAGUGUUUGUACGACAAACUCCGCGAGCAGGCGCUUUCUCCAACCAUCCUUAUGGGUCUCCAUGAAAUUGCCCGAUGCAUUGAGGCUAAGAACUACCCACAAGGUCUCCUGGUUCACACCCAAGUAGUGAGCAGCAGCAGUUUCAGUGAGGUGUCUGGUUUUAUGCCCAUCCUGAAAGUCCUCAUGACCAUUGCAGGCAAGCUGAAUGUGUAAAGAGUGGAGCAGCAGGAACGGUACACACCAAGAGCUGGUGGACUGCCUCACCUGUUGAUGUGGUGCAGGUUGUGGACUCUACUUCUGACUCCGGAGAAAUAGGUCGGUGCCAGUGCCUGGAACGGUUCUAGGCCAGCACACCUGGCCCCAUCCACUCUCCAGACUGGUGCCUGCAACUCCUGGAGACUGUUCUUUCUCUCUCUUCUUUCUUACUAGUCUGAGGCUGCUUUCCAGCCCAGGAAUCUCAGUUUCAGGCUGUCCAGGUUGCACAUAGAUCCUUCUUCUUCCCUAUCCCUGGCACAAAGUGGAACCUCCUUCCCUCCCAGGCCGACGUUGCUUUUUUUUUUCAGGAGAUAAACAGGGCUGGCACCUGCAGCACCACCACAGAAGAGCCUCAGGCUCUAUUCCCUGCUGUAGUGUAAACCUGCCUGAGUGGUAGCUGGGCUCACUUGGGUCCUAAGCUGGGGUGUCCCCACUCUGCUGGGCUGCAGCAAAGAUCUCUCCUCAUUCCUUCUUUCUCUUCAUUCUCAUCCUUGACUCACCCUUUCACUCCACAGCACCCAUAUCCUGCUACAACUAGGGCUAACUACUUGUUUGCUCUGGCCAGCUUUGGUUCUCUUUUCUUUGCCCAGCCCUCUCUUUUUAAGUCAAGCCUCCCGUUCACCCACUGUCCACCCUCCUUUAUAUUUUUUCCCCCAUAAGCUCCAGGCUCAAGCCCAUUAUGUUUCAGGUCCAGGGAUGAUUCCCGCUUUCAGUUCCUGGGACUCUCCCAUUCAGGAAUGUGUGCAGGUUGGACUGCUCUGUGCACUUCUCCCCAGAACCAGUCACAUCCUGUUUUGGGGCUAAAAGCUGCCCUUUCUGGCUCCUGGCCUUUUUCACUUCUUUUAUGUUAGCACAGCUGGACUUUUACCCACUGGUGUUAUCUGAACGCUUCCUACUUGAGGCUUUUCAGAUGGCCUAGGGACUUUAAGAGCAGCAGGGAUUGUUUAAGUCUCAUAAAGAUUUCCCUUGAGCUACCCUGACCAGCCCAGACUUGAGCAGGGAGAGACAGCUCAUUGCUCCAGGUGUGGUGCAUUCAUUCUGUCUACAGUAAUAGAUACAUGCAAAGGUGGUUCUCAAAGACCCCUUGGCACUGUGGUAGUAAGAAUAUGCUGCAGGAGAUGAUGCUGGGAGGACUCGAAGAUAUGGAUUGUGCUGAGACUUUUCAUCACUGUGGCAUUUCCUCUGGGGUAAAAUAGAUGAAUGAAGCAUAUCUGUCCUGGGGAAGAAGUCUGGGAAGGCAGAUGGGAUUUCAGGGCACAUCUCUGUGUGUGUAUAUUUCCCUCUCUUCCUCCUUCCUUGCCUUCCUCUCUCUCAACGUCCUCCUUACUAACCAGGCAGCAUAAUCCUUGAGCCCCAGCUGGGAGCAAGGCUUCUUCCUGACAUUAGGAUGCAGCCAGCCCCUGCUUCCUCUUCUUGCUGCUUGAGUGAUAACGCUAUCAUGGGCCUGUGGUUCAGUACACGAAUCAACCUACUCUACCAUGAGACUUAGUAAGGAGGAGAAUCGGAGAAAGGAGGAAGAGGACAUGUCUCAUUCUCUCCUUCCCAGGUCAAAGUGCCUCCUUGUUGCUGCUGUGUUGUUUCUAUUGCUGCGAUUUGAUGCACUGAGAGAUUACAGAACAGUGAAAUAAAAGCUGUGUUUUGUGA